UUAGAUUCGUGGUCUGUGCAAUUUACCAUGUGAGACAUGUGCGUGUUGCAUUAUUUUUUACUAAAAUAGUUGUAAGUUUUAAUUUUUAAUGUGCUAUGGAUUACGUGGUAGGCAGCAUUGCGGCUUUAUUAACAGGAAAUGUAACCCCCAAUCGUCCUAAACCGUUGAAAAAUGCUAAAACUCCCAUGAAAAACCAACCUUCACCGAAUGUUACACCGAAGAGCGAGUUUGUUGAAGACCGGUCCAUAUUUUUGUCACCUACGAUGCAAAAGAAGAAGGCUAUUGUUAAGAAAUCGCCUAAAAGAAUAUUUCAGAACUCAGAUCUAGACGGUACUAACGGUGAGCAUAAUGAUUCUAGUCUUUUAAGCCCUAAGGCAGACAAAGUUAAGAAACACUUGAAAAACGAUUUAGAGGCUGAUUCCUUGGCUCCUACGGUUUUAUUAAGUCCGAAAUCACCUAAAAAUAGUGAAAUGUCACCUAGGAAAGGUAAUAAAAAGAGAUCAAUUGAUAACAUUAUUGUCACUGAUGAUAACACACUAAAAAAGAAAAAGCGUAUUUCAGAAAUUGGAAAUGAUGACAAUAUAAUACAGAAUGCUAAAGAAGAUGUACCAAAUGCUGAAGCUGAAAAUAGUCCCAAAAAGAAAGUCAAAAGGAGAAAAUCUGUGAUGGAAAUAAACUGUGAGAGUUCCUUAGAAAAUAAUAUUUCUAAGAAAAAGAAUAAAAAAUCAACAAAUGAAUUCACAAUUGAGGAAUUUAACAUAGUUACCGAAGAAAUCAAUACUAAUACAUCUGUUAACGAAAAUCAGAGUCCAAAAAAGGACAAAAAGAAAAAGAAAAAUAAAUCAAAACAAAAUGGAAACAUCAAAAUUGAAUCAAAAGAUACUAAUGAGGGCGAAAUAGAAUCAGAAAAUAAAGAAGUUAGUAUCAAUGCAGCUGUUACUGAAACUCCGGGGGCUAUAAAGAAGAAGAAAAAGAGAAGGAAGAAGAAAUCAAAACAAACAGAAUUAACAAACAGUGCUAACUCAAGCACAGUUACCAACAUAGAAGGUGAUUCCAUCACAGAACAUAAAUCACAAAAUGCAUCUACAGUAACACAGGACCCUGUAAAGAAAAAGAAAAAUCGAAAGAAGAAAAAGUCUAAACAGACUGAAGAACAAAUAGAAUCAUUAAAUAACUCGAUUACCAACAUGGAAGUAGAUUCAAUAAAAAAUGAAUCUGAAAAUACAUCUAAAGAUAAUCCAGAAAAGAAGAAAAAGAAAUCGAAACUGGCUAAAAACAACGAUCAAGCUGAUCCAGGAGCUAGUGAACCUGUCAAAGUUAACCCGAAUGCAGUCACGAGUCAGGAUACCGAUUCAGAACAUGAUUCAGACGAUGAAAUCGAUUCAGAAAAUGAGGAAGACAACAAAAAGGUUUUAGACACAGGUCCAGCAGAUGACAGUUCAGAUGAAGCACCUGACAAAGGGAAGAAAGAUAAAGAAGGGGAACAGAAGGUUGAUCAGCUUAUUGCAGAAGAUGAGUUGAAGAGGACGCUGUUUGUGGGCAACGUGCCCUUCAGCGGCAAGACCAAGAAGGAGAUGAAAAAGAUAUUCAGUAAACAUGGGAAAAUUGAGACCGUCAGGAUCCGCACGGUGCCGGUGAAGGACGCUCGCGACACGCCCAAGCUGGCCGUCAUCAAGAAGGAGCUGCAUCCCGACCGGACCACCGUCCAUGUGUACAUCCGCUUCAGCACUGCCCUCGCUGUGGAAAAGGCUCUUGUAGAAAACAACACAGUUCUGAAUGGUUGCCACCUGCGCGUGCAACCAAGCGAGUCUUCAGGCGUGCCCCACGACCCCAAGUGCAGCAUAUUUGUGGGCAAUAUCCCCUUCACACUGGAGGACGAAGCGCUGCGGGGCAAGUUCGAAAAGUGCGGGGACAUCGAAUCCGUCAGGAUCGUGCGGGACAGGGCCACCUGCAUUGGGAAAGGUAUGGGCUUCGUAAACUUCAAAUCCAAAGACAGUGUGGAACUAGCCUUAGCGAUGACAGAAGAGGAUUUGACCAUCAAAAACCGAAUACUUCGAGUGAAGCGAUGCACCGCACCUACCGAAAACCAAUUGAAACGUAGACAACAUAAUAAUCAAGGAAUGGCAAGUGCUGGUAAAAAGUUCGGUGGUGGUACGCAAACCGACUCAGGCAAGAAAAAAAUAAUUAGAAGGCAAGAACAAGGCAAUGAAACUGGAAACUCCGGUAGAGACAAAUUCGGUGGUAGGCCAAAUACCUUUGGCAGGAAUGAAAAUUUCAGAAGGCAAGACCGAGGCAAUGAAGCCGGGAGUUUUAAUAGAGGCAAAUUCGGCGAUAGACAAAACGACUUUGGCAAAGGAAAUUUCAGGAGGCAAGACCAAGGCAAUGAAUCCAGGAAUUUUAGCAGAGGAAAAUUCGGUGAUCGGCAAAACGACUUUGGCAAGAAAGAAAAUUUCAGGAGGCAAGACCAAGGCAAUAAAGCUGGGAAUUUCAGUAGAGGCAAGUUUGAUGGACAGGACGCUGACAAGAAUAGCGGGGCGUAUAGAAGGGUUAUGAAUAAAAGAAAGAAUGAGGAUAGUGGAGAAGGCCCGCCUACUAAAAGGCAGAAUGUGGACCAGCCGCCAAGAGAAAAGAAAGAAAGAAAAGAGUUUGUUGGCAUGACUGCAGAGAAGAAAAAAGUAAAAAAACAAAUUCAACAAGGGAUUAAAGAAGAAGAAACUUCUCAGUGAAAUUUUGACGAAAUAAAAAUGUUUUAAUCUUUUUUUUUUUAACUUAAUUGUAAGUUACUUUGAACGGUUUUAAUUGAAUUUAAUUGAAUUAUUAUUGUGAUAAUAAAAAGAUGUUAAUUUUUA